UUCAACAUGACGCCGAGUUGGCUUGGCAGGACCGCAGAACAGAACUAGUAAACUAUAAAUUGUCAAAAAUAUUAAAAAAAUCGUAAUAAUUAUGAUAAUAUUAUAUUGUUACUUAUAGAACUAUUCGUAUUUCAAUGUUUAUUUGUGCUAAACAAAGUGUGAUUGUUUAUUUUAUCUAAAAUGGAGUCGGACUCUGCUCUUCACGGUGAUGUUCCCGAUGGCGCGGAAAUGUCCCCUUUAGAAGAAAACCCAACAGAGAGUUUAGAAGAAAAUGGUGAUAACAAUGGAGCAAUUGAGGAAUCGGAAUCCGCAGCUACAGAAGAAGACGCAGCAACAAAUGGUGGUGCUCCAACUAGUAGCAGUGAUGUUUUGGAUCUAGAACCUGCUGGACAAGCUGUAGAACAUGAAGAGCCCCUUCCGCAUCAAGCUAAUGCUGAAGCUGAAGAAGAAAUGGACAUCGAUGAAACUACCCCGGGAACUGUUGAUGAUUCAGCAUAUAUCGGAGACAAUUGCUUAUCUACUCCGGCGGAAACUGAAGACAAUUCACCACAAGAGGAGCACUCGUUACUUAAGGAUCACAUGUUAGAAGGCGAGGGUGAUGGAGAGGGUCUUGAAGCCCAGGAGGAGUCUCCCGACCAAUCUAUUAGUUCGGCUUUACCCAUUGAAGGUGACGGAGCCCCUAUCAUACAGGAUGAAGAAUCCAGUACAAUGGAUGAAGAUAUGGGCGGUGGCGAGGGUGUAGCCAGCAGUGACGAUGUCAAUGACAUAAGCAGUGCUGCAGCAGAAGUUCUAAGCACCGGCAUCAGUUCAAGUACCCAAGAAGGUGCAGACAUUACAAGCAGUGGGCAAACUGAGGCGGCCCUGAUAUCAUCUACGGCUAACGGCCCUGCAUUACUGCAUUCCUUCUCUGUACUGCCUCAACAGCAGCAAGCUAAUGAAUUCAGUGAUGCUGAUACAUCUGAGAUGGAAGGUGCCGCGGACACAAUGCCCUCAGUCAGUGAGUCAAUGCCAUUGCUCACUAUGACGGCUAAUGGAUCAGCAAUACUUUCACCAAAUUUACUCCAAGGUGAUGAAAGUGGAGCUGGUGUGUCCUCGUCGGUGGCGGGACUCAGUUCUGAGAGCGGUGCCGGCGAGGGUGAAGGCGCUGUGAGCAGUUCCGGCGCCGCUCAAUCCGCCAACGGAGCCCCACCCCUACCGCCCACAGACGCCGCACAUGCGCUCGCUACUCUCGCUAGUGCAGCGCUGCAUCAUCAACAUGAACAGAAUGAACCAGAAGACCAGAAGCCACAAAACGAUGAGGAUGUCUGGUACACGGUGGGCUUUGUUAAAGGAACCACAUUCACAGUACAAAAUUACAUAUCCGAUGCAAACGUGGAUCUGUCGAGUCUCUCCUUGGACAGUCUACCGGACCUGUCCAAUUUACCGACCACCCCGCUGGAACACGGCACGGCAUAUAAGUUUAGAAUUGCUGCCAUCAACUCGUGCGGGAAAGGAGAAUUCAGUGAAGAGGCGGCGUUCAAGACCUGCCUGCCAGGUUUCCCGGGAGCGCCGUCCGCCAUCAAGAUAUCCAAGUCGGUGGAAGGCGCUCACCUCUCAUGGGAGCCGCCGCAAGUCGCCGCUGAUGGAAUCUUUGAGUACUCAGUAUACCUGGCUGUGCGAUCUAAUCCACAACCAAAGGAGGCCUCUAAGUCUCAGUUGGCGUUCGUGCGCGUGUACUGCGGCAAGGCGAACACGUGUGUGGUGGGUCAGGCUUCGCUGGGCGCGGCGCACGUGGACUCCUCCACCAAGCCCGCCAUCAUCUUCAGGAUCGCGGCCAGGAACGACAAGGGAUACGGACCAGCCACUCAGGUCAGGUGGCUUCAGGAUAUAAAAUCUACGGGAGUGAAGAGAGCCGGUGAAGGCCGGCUGCCAGGCGCCUCGCCAUCAAAGCAACCAAAACAACUGCUGUACUAAUUUUAAUCACGUUUCUGAGGUUUUACUUAGAGUACAUUAGUAAUGUAUGGAGGAGCUGUAAACUAUGUUUAACGUGCUCGCAUUCUUAUUGUAGUACCGAUAAAUAAUAUUAAUUGUUAAGACGAAGUAUGUUAUAUCCCACGAGUUCUGACGAUCGCGAGGCGUUAUCUUGAAGUCCGUAAUGUUGAAUGUUAUUUCCUGUCGGAAGACAUUAAACGGCUGACGAGGUGUUGUAAGUAUUGAAGCGAGUAGGCUAAGAGCAAAAUUAUAUCUGUUAUGUAAAAUAUCCUUACACAGAAUAAACAUAAUUUUUAAACA